AUGACGACUUUCGUCGUGUCUCUCUUCCUCCCCUACACCAUUCACUUCCACGACCUGCCCACCCCGGCACGCCAGCCAUCUCCUCCUCCCGUCCCUCGAUCCCUCACCGAAUUCGGCCGCCAGGCCUCUGCCAAUGACAUCCGCUCCCAGAAGCCGAGUUUGCUGGCUCCCAAGACGACCGCCACCCCUCCCUUGACCCCCGCCGCGAAGGAGCAUGAGGAAUUCUUCUCCCGCUCAAAUCCCAGCGUCGCUGCCCACUUCUCGAAGCUACAUCCGCGCACACUUGUACGGAGCGACUCCCAUGUGCCCGAGGGUGGCAUCGCAAAGGACUUCAACCAACCGCGAUCCAAUGCCAAAGCCCCGCCUCCCGAUACCAUUCUCGAGUAUGCAAAGGCCCAGGAGAGGGCCGAUGCCAUGAGGUCGCAAAUGGGGAGGAAGGUCUCUCCCGGCCGCAGCCGCAAUCUGACCAAGGAGCAUGGCAGCGACCCGCGCUGGGCCACGGACUGGACCGUGGUUCCCGCCGUCCAGGGAAAUGGUGGUCUUUCCAAUGCCAUACGUGCAUCGGUAGAUUCGGGCGUCUUGUCAGAGGUGCUUACCGUUGGCACCAUUGGUUUCCCCACCGACGUGUUGGACGACGCCAAGAAGCAGGAUAUACACGAAAAGCUCGAGUCCGAGCAUGAUGCCCUUACCGUCUUUGUUAGUGACAGUGACCUCGACGGACAUUAUACCCACUAUUGCAAGACGAUCCUCUGGCCUGUGUUCCACUAUCAGAUUCCCGACCACCCCAAGAGCAAGGCCUACGAGGACCAUUCUUGGGUCUACUACGUCAACCUCAAUCAGGCCUUUGCCGACAAGGUGAUUGCCAAUUACAAGCGUGGCGAUAUCAUCUGGAUCCACGACUAUCAUCUCUGCUUGGUUCCUGCAAUGAUCCGGAAGAAACUUCCCGAUGCCCAGAUUGGCUUCUACCUGCAUACCGCUUUCCCAUCUUCCGAAGUGUUCCGUUGCCUAGCCACUCGCAAGGAGUUGCUGGAAGGGAUGCUGGGAGCGAAUCUCGUGGCGUUCCAGAUCCCCGAAUAUGCUCACCACUUCCUGCAGACAUGCAGCCGCAUCUUGUCUCUUGAGGCAACUCCCGACGGCAUCCAACAUGACAACCAUUUCAUCAAUGUAUGGUCUGUCCCCAUUGGUAUUGAUCCAAAAGCACUGGCUCUCGCCCGUCAAGAGCCAGAUGUGCUUCAGUGGACGCAGGCCUUGCAGGAGCGUUAUGCAGGCAAGCGUUUGAUUGUUGCGCGAGACAAGCUCGACAAUAUCCGUGGAGUCAGGCAGAAGCUGCUCGCGUUUGAGUUGUUCUUGAAUAAGUACCCUCAAUGGAGAGAGAAGGUCGUCCUCAUUCAGGUCGCCAUGUCUACGACAGAGAACCAUGAUCUCUCCGAAACAGUAUCCGAGAUCGUCACUCGUAUCGAGUCGGUGCACUCCACCUUGGCCCAUCAGCCUCUAGUAUUCCUCCGGCAGGACAUUGCCUUCUCCCAGUACCUGGCGCUGCUCUCGGUUGCGGAUGCUUUGAUGAUCACCAGUCUUCGCGAAGGCAUGAACCUGACAUGCCACGAGUACAUUGUCUGCCAGGACGGUGCGGCUUCCAGCAAGAAACAUGGCCCCGUAAUCCUAAGCGAGUUCACCGGCAGUGCCGCCCUGUUUGGCGGUGCCGAGCUUGGCGUGAAUCCGUGGGAUUACCAGCAGUGCGCAGAGGCGAUCAAGACAGCUCUGGAGAUGAGCGAGGAGGAGAAAGCCCGCCGGUACACCAAGAUGCUGGACAUUGUCAUGAGGAGCACCGGUGACACUUGGACGGCCAAGCUGAGCGCACACCUGGCUAAAGUCCAUGAAGAGCACUUCAUGAGGGAUACCAUGUCUGUACCCCGCCUGAACGUCAACAAACUAUGCCAGACGUAUCAAAAGUCGGAGACGCGCCUGUUCCUGCUCGAUUACGAAGGCACUCUAGCUCCGUUUGGAUCAGUCACGAACACAGUCCUCCUGAACAUGGACCGCGUUACAGACGUGCUCAACGACUUGAUCGCGGACGGUAGGAAUCACGUAUACGUCACGAGCGGCCGUACGCUCGAGGAGAUCGAGAUGCUCUUCGGGCGUGUGCCAGGUAUCGGUCUGAUCGCGGAGAACGGCUGUUAUCUGCGCGAGAUGUAUACGGACGAAUGGAUCGCUUUUGCUGAAGAGGAGCAGACGAACAAGUGGAAAGAGGCUGUUAAGGAGAUCCUCCAGUACUACUGUGAUCGUAUCGAAGGCAGUUGGGUUGAGGAGCGCCACGCGUCCUUGACCUUCCACUACGGAAAGUCCGACAUGCAGGAAGAAGCCCGUAACCGUCAAGCCGGCGAUUGUGCCACACACAUCAACGAUGCGUGCGAGAACCAGCGCGUCCGCGCUGUCCCGACCAAGGACUCGGUCAUCAUUGAGCCCAUGGAUUGGGACAAGGCGACCGCAGCGGCCCACAUUGUCAAGAACACGAUGAAGAACAGGAAACCGGACUUCCUGUUUGCGGCGGGUAAUGAGCGCGACGACGAGGUAGUGUUCCGCUGGGCGAAGGACAUCUCGGAGCAUGGGGAGAUUGAAAACGUCUACACGGUGCAGGUGGGGAACCGGAACACGGUGGCCAUGUCCACUUUGACGCAGGGCUCGACUGGGCUCCUCAACGUUCUCAAGAAGCUUGCUAAGCUCACGUGA